AUGUCAUUGACCACUAGUACCACAGAGCCGUACACCACUCUUUAUCAUAGGGAGCCAUUGCAUCCUUCUAGGAAUCCUCCAUUGUUGGUUUUUAUUCCUGGUAACCCCGGUCUCAUAGACUACUACACCACUUAUCUUGACUUGAUCGCCAAACAGCACCGUCACUAUGAGAUCCUAGCCAUCAGCCAUGCUGGCUACCAAACCUCGGAUGAUUAUGAGAGGGUUUCAAACACCGAUUUUUAUGAUUUGGACUACCAGGUGCCCCACAAAUGCCGGGUUAUCCGGGACCACAUCCUCACCACUAGACGAGAUCAGAAAGUGGAGGUCUCCUUCUUGUGUCAUUCCGUUGGAUCAUAUAUCAUGCAACGCGUGGCCAAACGCCUAGUGUACGAUGUUGAAUACAACCAGAUCGUGAACAUCAAGUUCUCCCUCCUGGGUCAGUAUUUCACCUCGUUGUUCAAUUGGCUUCCCUUGGUACAUGUCGCAGUGUACUUGAUUGUGGUUUUGCAGUGGAUUUUGCCUGACCGGGCUGCUGAGUCACUUAUCCGUAAUCGCAUCAUCGCCAAGCCCGCCCAGACUGAUAAGGAUCUGGUUGAGUCCUGGGAAAAUGCUGUCAGGGCAACGAAGAAGAUUUACAAGUCCAGAAGUAUCGUUCGUCAGACAAUCACCAUGGCGAAGGAAGAACUCAAUCGGAUCCAUCGCGACGACGAGUUCAACGACUGGUUCUUCAAAGAGUUGCCCACGUCAGGAGCCAAACUUUGGUGCUUUUUCGCUCCAUUCGACUAUUGGGUACAUGACAAUUCCAGAGACUAUGUUUUGACAAGAUACCACGAUGCUCUGAAUGAAAACGUUCGUUUCGAAAUCGGUGAUGCGGACACCGAGGAGAAGAAAGCCAUCAAUCACAGCUUCUGCAUUGACCAAAGCGUUGAGUUUGCCGAGAUUACAUGUGCCGCAUUGUCGAAAAGCUAA